AAAAAAUAAAAAAAAUUUGUUAGUGUUCUUUAAGUGCGAGUGAGAGAGGAUAUAUUAUUGAAGUACAUCUAUCCUUUUCUAUUUUUGUUCAUGCUGUUGUGGAGUGUUUUUUUUAUAUUAUUGUGUUUCAUAGUGAAGGUUAUAAAGAAAGUCAAUACCAUGGUCCGAUUUACGGACCUUUGCAAAAAAUUUGGCCAAGUUUUCGUACCAGCUAAAUACGAUCCGGACACACAGAACUCUUAUCUUCUCUACACCAGAAAAAAUCCGACGGAAAGUCAGAUUCUUUUACUAGGUAACGAGAAAUUGCUAGAAGCUUCUAAUUUCAAUCCGAAUCGCAGAACAGCUGUUCUUCUUCAUGGAUGGAUAGAUCACCCCGAUGGCAGAUUUAGCAGAAUUGUGCGAUCUGCAUUUUUAGAAGCAGAUGACAUGAAUGUCAUCGUUGUGGACUGGAAAGAUGGCGCGGACAUCGCAAACUAUUUUACGGGAAUAAAAAAUACUGUUAAGUCAGGUGAAGGAGUAGCCAGGUUUAUCACAUGGCUUAAUCACAUGACUGGAGCGGAUCUCUCUCUCUAUCACAUAGUCGGAUACAGCAUGGGCGGUCAUCAGGCAGGAGUAGUUGGCAGAAACCUAGAUGGAAAAGUUGGAUACAUUACAGGUCUAGAUCCAGCUGGACCAUUUUGGCGAUUCAACAAACAUAAGCUGAAGAAAACAGAUGCACAGUACACAGAAGUGAUCCACACACAUCGAUGGCUUGGGUACUUCGCUCCGCUGGGCCACGUGGACUUCUAUCCCAACAGUGGAGUCUGGAAUACGUGCAAAUGCUGGACUGUUAUUUGUACCCAUGAUAGGUGUUUUAAAUACUUCGCUGAAUCUCUCCGUUCCGGUGGCUUUACUGGUAGAAGAUGUCAAAACCUCCGUGACGCUAAACUAGGUCGAAGUACACUUCCUGAAACACUGAAAAUGGGCGGUGUCAUACCUAAAACAGGGAAAACUGGUAUUUAUUACAUGCAAACAAAUGAAACUCCACCGUUCUCUCGAGGUUAAGCAAAGGAGAGUAUUGGCAAAGGAGAGAAGGAACAUCGAAUCUUAGUUAAUAUUGUACAUACUCUUAGAUUAGACUUUAUAUAGAUUAUAAUAUAUUAUGUAACACAUAAAUUAUAUUAAACAUAAGUACCUGAUUAUUCUUAAAAAAACUAUAAUGUUAAGAAUUAAUUAUAGAAAUUUUAUUCAGA